UGCUACCUUAUUGACAUACAUGCAUACCUAAAGGAACUACGUCGGUAGGUAAGGUAUAUAUUCGCACCAUUCUCUUCGAUAUCUUGUCUUGGUUGUCGAUCGUUGUUGAUCUUUUAAAGCACACACACUGCUCAAUCGUCAAUCCAUCAAUCGUCCAAGACAAAACAUCAUCGCCAAGACAAUUCAUCAUCUUCCCAAUUUAUUCCAUAGCCAAAGGAUAAUAUUCACAAUGGCUCGAGGCAGUCUUCCACCCUUUUUCCUCAUCAGCAACCUGCUGGUCUGGGCGUCGGCGGUGAUUGUGAUGGGUAUUCUCUCAUACUUCAUCUCCGUCACCGAUGGCCAUUAUAUCAGCAACCACAUCAUCUACGAAGAAGUCAUUUCUGUUCUCACCGUCGCAUUCUUCCUCAUCUCAUUCAUCCUUGGUACUCACCCGAGCUACGUCCUGUUGUUCAACGUGCUCUUCUCCUACCUCUGGCUCGUCGCCGUUGUUUUCACCGCAGAAGACUGGAGCUACGAAAGUGUCGGCGCACUAGCCCACACCGUCGAAGCUUUCAGCUUCAUUGCCUUCUUCUUCCUGUUCUUCAACAUCAUAUAUGACUGGAACUUUGGAUACCGAGGCCGCACCACUUCGGCUGUGUAAGGAGUUGUACUUAGUUAUAUACCCUGGAAUGAGAGUUAUGAACAAGAUUAGAAGAGAAAAGACA